AUGUCCAUCUUCCCUGCUCUUCUCUGCCUCGGGCUGAGUCUGGACCAGAAAACCCGUGUAAAGAACGGGACCCUCCCCAGACCCACCAUCUGGGCUGAGCCGAAUCCUGUGAUAUCUGUGAGAAGCUCUGUGACCAUCUGGUGUCGGGGGACCCUGAGGGCUCAGGAGUACUGUCUGUAUACAGAAGACAUGGAUACGCCCUUGGACAGACAGAAACUGCUGGAGCCCGGGGACAAGGCCAGGUUCUUCAGGGAGGUCCCCAGGGCAGGGAGAUUUUUAUGUAAAUACCGCAGCCCCACUGGCUGGUCACAGCACAGUGACCCCCUGGAGCUGGUGGUGACAGGGGUCCACUACAAACCCAGCCUCUCGGCCCUGCCCAGCCCUGUCGUGACCUCAGGAGGGAACGUGACCCUCCAGUGUGGCUCAUGGAAGGAAUUUGACAGGUUCAUUCUGACGAAGGAAGGAGAACGCAGGCUCUCCUGGACCCUGGACUCACAGCGACACCCCAGUGGGCAGUCCCAGGCCUGGUUCCCUGUGGGCCCCGUGACCCCCAGACACCGGUGGAGGUUCAGAUGCUAUGGAUAUUUUAGGAGGCACCCUCUGGAGUGGUCUCACCCCAGUGACCCCCUGGAGCUUGUGGUCUCAGGAGGCUCAGGGAAGCCCUCCCUCCUGACCCAGCAGGGCCCCAUCGUGGCCGCUGGACAGAGCCUGACCCUCCAGUGCCGCUCGGACCUCGGCUAUGACAGGUUCGCUCUGUCCAAGGAGGGGGCACAGGACACCCCCCAGAGCACUGCCCUGCAGCCCCGGGCGGGGCUCUCUCAGGCCGACUUCCCCCUGGACACGGUGCGCGGCUCCCACGGGGGCCGGUACAGGUGCUACGGGGGACACAGCGUCUCCUCCGAGUGGUCGGCCCCCAGUGACCCCCUGGACGUCCUGGUGGCAGGAUGGCUCCCUGACAGACCCGCCCUCUUGGUGCAGCCGGGCCCCACGGUGGCCUCAGGAGAGAAGGUGACCCUGCUGUGUCAGUCACAGAGCCCGAGGGACAGCUUCCUUCUGACCAAGGAGGGGGCGGCCGAUCCCCCCUUGCGGCUCAGACCACAGCCCCGAGCUCAGCAGCACCAGGCAGAGUUCUCCAUGGGGCCCGUGACCUCCGUCCACGGGGGCACCUACAGGUGCUACAGCGCAAACCACAGCAGCCCCUACCUGCUGUCGCAGCCCAGUGACGCCCUGGAGCUCCUGGUCUCAGAUCAAGGUCACAAACGGUACUGGAAGGUGCUGAUCGGGGUCUCGGUGACCCUCGUCCUGCUACUCGCCCUCCUCCUCUUCCCCUUCCUCCGACACCAGAGUCAGAGCAAAGGCAGGACGUCGGUGGCUGACGCCCAGGAAGAGCCCCUCCAUGAUGCUGUGAAGGACCCACAGGCUGGGGAGGGCGUGGAGCUGGACCCUCGGCAGAACAGGCCCCGUGACGACCCCCAGGGAGUGACAUAUGCCCAGGUGAACCGCUCAAGAUCAAGGCUCAGGCAGGGAAUGGCCUCCUCUCCUUCUUCGUCGUGGAGAUUGUGGGACAAGAAGUGCAGACAAGCAGAAGGGGACAGACAGAUGGAUAGUCAGGUGGGUCCCACCCUCUCCAGCCCCCAGGACGUGACCUACGCCCAGCUGACCCACCUGACCCUCAGACGGGAGACAGGUGCACCCCCGUCAGAGGAGCCCCCGGCUGAGCCCAGCGUGUACGCUGCUCUGGCCGUCCACUAG